AUGACUUUGGCGACUUUCUGGCCGGCCCUCUCCGCUGCUGAGCAAUCGAAAAAUGCAGCCGACUUUUAUGUUCGCGGCCUUCCGGGGCUGGCGCAAGACUCGCUGGCCGUCAAAAUGCAUGCUGGCCACAUCGAAAUCACGCCCGAACACAACGGAAACUUGUUCUUUUGGCAUUUUCAGAACCAGCAUAUUGCGAACCGUCAAAGAACUGUGGUAUGGCUGAACGGCGGGCCCGGGUGCAGCUCCGAGGAUGGCUCGUUGAUGGAGAUUGGGCCGUACAGGCUCAAGGACGAUCACACUUUGGUCCCGAACAAUGGAUCAUGGCACGAGUUUGCGAACCUCCUUUUCGUCGACAACCCGGUCGGCGUUGGCUUCAGCUAUGUCGACACAGACAGUUAUACCCACGAACUUGACGAAAUGGCAGACCAAUUCGUCAUCUUUCUGGAGAAGUUCUUUGACCUGUUUCCUGAGUAUGAGCAUGACGAUCUUUACUUCGCGGGCGAGUCCUACGCUGGACAAUACAUCCCUUACAUUGCCAAAGCGAUAGUGGCUCGCAACAAGCAGAAGAUUGCAGAGAAGAAAGAGAGGGAAGCUUGGAGCCUGAAGGGAUUGCUGAUUGGAAAUGGAUGGAUGUCGCCCAGAGAUCAGUACGAAAGCUACCUUCCGUUCCUUUACGAGAAGGGGCUCCUUACGAAAGACUCGGAUGUCACCAAGAAGCUGCAGUCUUCCCUUCGAAUUUGCCAGAACAAGAUGGGCAGCGAUCCGGGUCACGUUGACUACCCCGACUGCGAGGGUAUCCUCAGCUCAAUUCUCUCCAUGACCAAGAAUGGUAAUGGGCAAGAUGCCUGUUGGAACAUGUACGACGUCCGUCUCAGAGACACAUAUCCCGCCUGUGGAAUGAACUGGCCCCCGGAUUUGACCAACAUCACUCCAUAUCUGAGGAGAUCCGAUGUUAUACAAGCGCUUCACAUCAACAGCGCCAAGUCAGCUGGCUGGCAAGAGUGCAAUGGAGCAGUGGGUUCGAAUUUCAAGGCCAAAACUUCUGUCCCUUCAGUCGAUCUCCUCCCCGAUCUUCUUAAAGAAGUCCCCAUUCUUUUGUUUUCCGGAGCGGAAGAUCUUAUUUGCAACCAUGUCGGUACUGAGUAUAUGAUCAAUAACUUGGAAUGGAACGGAGGCAAGGGCUUUGAGCUAGCUCCAGGAAACUGGGCCCCUCGUCGAAACUGGACUUUUGAGGGUGAAGUUGCUGGCUUCUGGCAAGAGGCCCGCAACUUGACUUACGUUUUGUUCCAUAACUCAUCUCACAUGGUGCCAUUUGAUUAUCCUCGCCGCACACGGGACAUGUUGGACAGGUUUAUGGGAGUCGACAUUAGCAGCAUUGGCGGCGUGCCUACUGACAGCCGCAUUGAUGGCGAAAAGGGUGUCGAGACGACGGUCGGCGGAGCAUCCAACAACACCCAGGCCAAGGAAGAAGAGACGCACAAGAAGGUUGAUGCAGCCAAAUGGGCCGCUUACCAAAGAUCAGGUGAAGUUGUCUUGGCCAUUGUCAUCGUUGCUGCUCUGGCCUGGGGAUACUUUAUCUGGCGCCAGCGCAAAGCGCGUGCUACAUACAGAGCACUCAGCGGCAGCGAGCCUUCAAGCCGGAACGGCUCUCGUCUGAACUUUUCUUCUCGUAGACGGCGCGAUGUCGAAGCGGCGGAUUUCGACGAAACCACUCUAGAUGACUUGCAUGUGGAGACACCGACGGGCUCGGAGAGCAAAUACACUGUGGGAGGAGACGACGAUAGCGAUGAUGAACCGACAGGGGCAGGCCAUGAGAAGAAGAAGAACGGGCAUCAACAAGGAUCGAUUUAG